ACAGACACACCCCCAGCCUGGAUCUCCGACCUUGAUCCUGAGUCUCAAAUACCGCCCCAUCCACAUCCCAGCCUACCUGCUCUCCGCCAUGUGUGGGCCCCGGGUCCUAGUGGCCGCGCUCUGGGCCCUGGGGGCCGCAGGAGCUGCCGCUCUGCGCAUUGGAGCUUUCAACAUCCAGAGCUUUGGUGACAGCAAAGUGACGGAUCCGGCCUGUGGCAGCAUCAUUGCGCAAAUCCUGGCUGGCUAUGACAUCACGCUGGUGCAGGAGGUGCGAGACCCAGACCUGAGCGCUGUGUCCGCUCUCAUGGAGCAGAUCAACAGCGUGUCCAGGCACAAGUACAGCUUCGUGAGCAGCGAGCCCCUGGGUCGGGACCAGUACAAGGAAAUGUACCUGUUUGUUUACAGGAAGGACGCGGUGUCGGUCGUGGACACGUACCAGUACCCGGACCCAGAGGACGCCUUCAGCCGGGAACCGUUCGUGGUCAAGUUCUCUGCCCCCGGCUCAGCUGCCGGGGAGUUGGUGCUCAUCCCGCUGCACGCGGCGCCGCAUCGGGCCGUGGCGGAGAUCGAUGCUCUCUACGACGUGUACCUGGACGUGAUCGACAAGUGGGGCACGGACGACUUACUGUUCCUGGGCGACUUCAACGCCGACUGCAACUACGUGCGGGAGCGCGACUGGCCUUCUGUCCGCCUGCGCAGCAGCGAGGUCUUCAAGUGGCUCAUCCCAGACAGCGCUGACACCACCGUGGGCAACUCGGACUGCGCCUAUGACCGCAUCGUGGCGUGCGGCGCCCGCCUGCGCAGGAGCCUCAAGCCCCAGUCGGCCACCGUGCACAACUUCCAGGAGGAGUUCGGCCUGGACCAGGCUCAGGCCCUCGCCAUCAGUGACCAUUUUCCUGUGGAGGUGACUCUGAAGUCGCACUGAAAACCCUCAAGGCCUGGUCCGGGAAGCGGCCUCCAGACUCAGGCCAGGAGAACA